AUGGACCACGUCGAGAUUUCUCCUUCAAAAAAAAAUCCUCGUGGAAAAUUUGUUGGGACUGGUCAAAAGCAGAUUAUCAUCAAUCUGUACAAAGACAAACUCAAGCAACAACUUGAAAACCCAGACAGCCCGCAAUUGACUUACAGACAAAUGCUUGUCGAAAUUUCCAAGGCAAGUGGUAUUGGACAACGAACAAUACAAACAAUAUUGGCCGAGUAUAAAAAAGAAGGUACAGUUUCAUCGCCAAACAAGAAAAAAAUAAAACUUACAAUACUUGACAAAGUGGACGAAUUUGAUAAAAAUGCCAUUAGGCGAAAAAUACAUGGCUUUUGGUUGAAUCGUGAAGUACCUACACUUGCGAAGAUGUUAAUAGCCAUUAAUGAAGAUGAAACUUUACCGAAUCUUAAACGUUCGUCAUUUCAAAAAGUGUUGAAGGAACUGAAAUUUGUUUAUGCAAAAAAAUCUCGCUGUAGUGCCCUUCUUGAAAGAGAAGAUAUACAACGUUGGCGCCGAAAAUACUUGGAUCAAAUAAGGCAAUACAGAGCACAAAACAGACCAAUAUAUUACUUGGAUGAGACAUGGGUCAACGCAGGUGAAACGCAUAAUAAAAAAUGGGUCGACAGUACGGUCAAGUCAUCCCGUGACGCAUUCCUCAGAGGCCUCACCACAGGACAAAAGGAACCCUCAGGUAAAGGUAAGCGACUCAUUGUAUUGCACAUCGGAUCAACUGACGGCUUUGUACCUGGGGGCCUUUUGUGCUUCGAAUCCAAAACCAACUCGUCAGACUACCACGAUGAAAUGAAUGGCGCUACGUUUUUUGAGUGGUUUGAAAAAACUUUGCCAUUACUCAAAGAAAAUGCCGUAAUUGUAAUGGACAAUGCUUCAUAUCAUUCCGUUAAAAAAGAUCCAAUUCCAGUGAUGUCUUGGAAGAAACAAGAGAUUAUAGAUUGGCUAGAAAGUAAAGGAGAGAUCGUUACCCAGCCAACAAUAAAAGCGCUGUUGUUAGAAAAAGUUCAGACAUUGAAAUCGCAAUACGACAAAUACGUAAUAGAUGAGUACGCCAAAGACAACAACAAAACUGUAUUAAGAUUGCCUCCAUACCACUGCGAGCUGAACCCAAUCGAGCUCGCGUGGUCAUCUAUCAAAAGCUAUGUCCGGACGCAUAACAACACCUUCAAAUUAAAAGACGUUGAAGAAUUAUUAAAAAAAGGCGUGGAACACGUAACAUCGGAAAUGUGGACGAAUUUUGUUGGGCACGUCGUAAAGGAGGAGGAGAAAUUUUGGAACAUCGACAGCAUAACCGACGAAGUUAUGGACGCAGAACCUGAAGAAGGAGCACGUCAUAUCCUAACGAUAGGAACAGGUGAUACAGACACCUCAGGUGACUCAGAUUCAGACUCGGAUUGA